AUGACCGGGGAACCUGAUUGCAACGGUGUUGACCAAGUCAUGUCUGGAGGUUCAGAAAUGAAAAUCAGACAUGAAAUGGUAAACCAUGUUGCUUUCAUUACCGACACAGAAGAACGUGAGACUCAAGAUAUGUUAGAUUAUGAUGAAAUUGCCGAACCAAAAUCUACUGAAGACUGUCAAGGUCUGUAUAACCUCUAG